AUGGGCUUUGUGCUACAAGAGGUGGGAUCAGGGUAUGCUAGGAGGAUCACAUUCGAUCAAAUGACACUUAAUGGAGCGGGAAACCCUAUCAUAAUCUACCAACAUUACUGCAAUGGAGCACGUUGCGCAGAGCAGCCAAAGGAGGAAGUGGUAAGCGAGGUGACAUUCACUGGUGUCCGAGGAACAUCUUCUGUCGUGCAAGCAAUUACGUUGGACUGUGCAGCAGUAGGUUGUAAUAACAUCAGAUUGAAUCAAGUUGAUAUUACCUCAUCGGUGACUGGGAAGCAGAUUACUGCAUUUUGCAGAAUUGCGAAUGGAACGUCUGUCUCUACAAACACCUCCUGUACCUUGUCUCUCAAAACUCUGACAAAACCAAAACCAAUAUCUGACCUCAAGAAGCACGGUUCAUGA